AUGAACGAUUCCGGGACACAGAUGCGUGCGUCUUCUUCGCGUGGACGCAAAGAUGCGCCGAAGAGCGACAGACGCGGAGGCCGGGGGGGCCGGGGAGGGCGAGGAGCGCUGAGAGGCUCGUCGCGCGGGCCUCGCGGGCGCUCUGUCGAGUCAACAAAGGAUCGCUUUUCUGGAGCUUUCCGGCCUCGAGGGGGACGAGGGGGGUCGCGAGGGAGAUCGGCGCACGCAGCUGGCUUCACGCGCGGCGCGUCGAGGUCACCACCGUCUGCACUUUCCACCAGCGACAGAGGCUUCAACGGCCGCUCUCCACGGGGAGGCCGAGGGACUCGAGGAGGAAAACAGUUUGAGAGAGGUAGAGGAAGAGGUGGGUUCCGAGGGCGAGGAGGAGCGGCUGGUCGGGAGAGGUCGAGAGACGAUGCCUCCAAGCCAAGGGCCGAUCGGGAAGAAAAAGCCGGGAGUGUACGCACUGCAGAGGGGGAGACCGAGAGCGACGCUGAGGCCGAGUACGAGAAAGGGAGCAUUCUGGCGCUUCUCAGCGGCCAGGACGGAGAACCAAGGCAUCAAAGAGAAAAGACACCCCAUCUGCACGAGGGAGGACGCAGGAAAAAGGGAUGGCACGAGAGUGCUGAAGCCGGCAGUCGUCCAGUGGGGAGCGGGGAGGCCGACGAGGGCAAGCAGUUGAAGAAAAAGAGAAAACGGGACGGGGACGCAAGCACCUCGGUGGCGCGUGGGGCCGGGAAAGGAGAAGAGAAGGGAGAAGAGAAGGAAAGGAGCAAGAAGAAAGAGAAGAAGGGGAAAGGACUUUCUUCUGUCAGCGGCAUUUUCGCGGCGACAGGCGACUCCAAGGCGGGCGCAGAAGCCGACUCAGGUCUCAGUCGCCUGACCGCGCUCUUCUCAGGCUCUGCGCUGGCUUCGUCAAACGAGAAACACAGCCGAAACGAAACGGACGCCGCCGUGUCCAGCGCGCCAGCGUCCCUCGCUGAGGCCUCAUCGUCUUCGUUCCAUUCGGAAGUGGCGAACCCGGCUGAUUCGAAGGCCGACCGAAAGAAGAGAGGAGACGCGUUGCAGAGUGCAGUUAAGAAGGCGAGAGCAGUCGCGGCUCGCCACCGGAGAGAGGCGAUGGAGAAGAGGUCCUCGUCAGAGGAAGGGGAGGAAGCGGGCGAAGAGCCCAGCAAGAAAAGGCGUGCGAAGAAAGGAGAAGAAUCUCGAGACGAGGGCGAGUCCUCAGUGUCGAAGCUGCAAGAAGAGGAAGGAGAGAGAGAGGAGUCAUCAGCGGAGGACGACGAAGACUCGGGGGCUGGCGAAGCUGAGGCAGGAUGGAGAGAGACCGACAAAGAGAAAGAGCGUCGAACUGUCUUCGUCGGGAACCUUCCUCUCUCCGGGUGGAAACCUCCUGCGCUGUAUAAACACCUGGGAAUUGGGAGAAAGGACGUAGAAUCGAUUCGUCUUCGCUCCAUUCCGGUUCACCCCAAAUUCAACAAGUGCCGUCUGGGGGGCAUCGUUCAAGGCCAGUUCACAGAUCUGAAGGAUUUCCAGAACGCGUACAUCGUGCUAAAAGACAGGAAACUGGUCCGCGCGGUCCUUCAGCACGACGGUUCGACUUUCCAAGAUAGGCGCCUGCGCGUGGAUGAGGCGGGCGAGCGGGGACAAAAUGUCUUCAGCCGUUUCGACAGGAAAAAAACAGUUUUCGUCGGGAACCUUCCUGCUCGUUGUUCCGAGGAAGACCUGCGAAAGGCGCUCGAAUGCAACGGAGCAGUCAAGGCCGUUCGCAUCAUUCGAGACAAAGUGACGACGGAGUCAAAGGGGUUCGGCUUCGUCUGCUUCGAGGACCGCGUGUCGGCUGCGCGGGCCGUUCUCGCCAGCAACGGUGUCGCGAGUCUUCAAGGCCGUGCUCUUCGAGUGACGCGUGCACUAGACGAGGUGACAUCAAAAAUGGAAGAUGCGAAGCGCCGUCACGAGAAAGAAAAGAAACGCGCUCGGCGAGGAGGCGUCGGCCGAGGGGUCUCCCCGGCGGUGCGAAGGAUGAUGCAGAAGAAAGUAGGUCGAGACGACUUUGCUUUCUAA